AUGAACAUUAGGCAGGCAACGGCAGAUGAUCUUAUCGGGAUGCAAAAUUGCAAUCUUCAUAACCUACCAGAGAACUAUACCAUGCGCUACUACUUCUACCAUGCAUUGACCUGGCCUCAGCUCUCCUAUGUUGCCGAAGACGAGAAAGGGAACAUUGUCGGGUAUAUUUUGGGGAAGAUGGAGGAGGAGCCUGAGAAUGGUAUACCUAAUGGACACGUUACCAGUAUUUCAGUCCUCCGUUCGCACCGCCGUCUUGGCUUGGCCAACAAACUAAUGAAACUAAGUCAAACGGCUAUGAGGGAUGUAUUUGGCGCACAUUAUGUGUCUCUUCACGUCCGUCAAUCGAACCGUGCUGCCAUUGCUCUUUACACACAGACCCUUGGAUUCCAAGUCCACGGUGUUGAGAAAAAAUAUUAUGCUGACGGUGAAGACGCUUUAGGCAUGAGGUUGCAGUUGAAAUGA